UGAGGGCAAGAUGGCGGGUGUACCAAGUGAUGUAUACUCGCAUAUUUACUCAUUUUUGCUUCAAAAUAAGCUGGUAAAAACUGCUAAGUCGUUCAAGAAAGAAACAACUGUGGUAAGUUAAGUGUUAUGGGGUUGAUGUUUUGGUUAUCCAACUGCCACGAGGCAUGAAUGGGGAUAAAAUUCGAAUUUUGAAGUAGUAUGCAAUAAAUUUUUUUUUAGGUCCGUUCAAGGUGUUUCUAGGAUGUUUCCGUACUCGAACGUUCUUUAUGUUCGCUGUCUGAUUUUGAGGAACUGUAUUAGAUUAAAAGUUGAUUGUUAAUAUGUUUGGGGGCUGUUUGGAAAUAUUUUCAAUUUUUUGAGGGUGCUGAUCCGUUUUGUUGAAAUGAUUUCAGUAACAGUUGGAUUAAUUGUGGGGAAAUCUUCAGACCACAUCACCUCAUGUUUAACUUUACUAAAUCAUGCCCAUUUUAAUUUCUUUUUUAUUUCGUUAAGUAGUUAUGAUUUUAGUAAGUUAUUGUUGCUUUUUUUAUUAAGGUUGCAUACUUGACAUAUGGUGUAAAACAAAAGUGCCUACAAAAGUCCCAUCACUGUUUCUUUUAAAAUCAAUACACAGUACUGCAAGCAAUAUAACUUUUUAUUGCCAGAAAAAAACAAAGUAAACAGGACACUUUGUUCGAUGUUAACUGAAUGUGACUGUCCCACUUUUGUUAUCUAAUUGGGAGGUGUUCCCAAGAUGUCAAGCCUAAUACCAAGAUAACCAGCUGGGUUGAACGUAGCCUGCCUUGCAGACACAAUUAAACCCCAGUUAGUAACGUCUCUGAAAUAGUAGCGAUAUCCUUGUUCUCGGCCCCCACCUGUGUACCAGGAUUAGAGUACACAUCAUGACUGGCCUUUCAAAGAAGUCAUUGUUGAUUAGCCAAUCAGGUUGAAGGAAAUUUGAAACGCUCUUGAGUCCAUUUGGGACCCAGAGCACCGAUCUUGGCACUGCUUCACAGACGUUACUAACUGAAGUAUGAAAUUACAUUUAUGAUGCAAGCUAUAUAGGGUGAACGAGGCAAAUUAUUUAGAAAGCAAAGUGUGUUAACUAAUACUGAGUUACUAUGGCUUGGCACAUGACCAUUAAACACAGGUUGUCUAAUGGGUGCGUUUCACUACAGUCAAGGCUGUCAGCCCCCCAUGUCUUCAAAUAUCAAGAAUUGAUGGGGAAUGGAUGAUAGAUGAUGUCGUAAUGCACGGCACAUUACAUCAUUUGUGAAAAAAAAAACACGCGAAAAGGAUGUUGUUGGAAUUGUAACGUUUGACCUGCCUGGUUUACUUCCCAUCAAAUCACAUUAUUGCUUAUAUUGCAAUGGCAUACCCGAGUUUGUGAGGAAAGGUUCAAUGUUAACAGUAAAAUAACUCAAACAACGCAAAAUAUUUGAAAUCCUAUUGUCAGGAAGUCGAAUCUACAAGAAAUGGCUAACUUUGGCGAUUAUCCGGGAGAUUUCAGACUCUAAUCUGGAGACCGGGAGAAACAGUUCUAAAAAUUUGGAGUCUCCCAGAUUAUUCAAAAGAGUUGACAUCCCUGCUAUAGUGUUAGCCAACAAUUAUUAUUUUUUUCCUACUCACCAUGACAACCAAAACAGUCACAGCUUGGGGCAAUGAUACAACAUUAUUAAAGAGUAACUGGUCUUUUUUAGAUAACUUAAUCCUGUGUAAGCUUCUUGUUUCAAAUAUCCUUGUCCAUUUAUCAUUCUGUUUAUGUCAGGUGUCCUUUCAUUGUACUGUAAUGUAUGGCAUACUAAAACUCUCUGUUGCGGUUUUAUUUUAACAGGAAGUGCACCAACAGGAUGACUGUGAUAUUGUUCAGUGGUAUAAUGCCUUCUUAAGGUAAGUCUUGAUUAUGAGAGUGGAUGUGUGAUGUCUUAGUUGUCUGGGUUCAUGCCUUGCAAUCAGGCAGUUUUCAAAACUCAAAAAACUCAACUGUUAGAAAAAUAUUUACAAAUAUAACACAAGAAAGUGGUCCACUGGUAGCGUUAGCUAGUCUAGGCAGAACAAUAAUUAGUCGUACUAAAGCACUACAAUGAAAUAAUAUUUACUAAAUUUAAGGAAAUUUAAAUUUGCAAAAAGGAGACUUAUUGGUGCCUUAUAGGUUUUUUCCUCCAAACACAAUAACAUUCCAUAAAUCUUUCCAGUGUUUACAGUUUUAUGAGUUUCGCGGUAAUAUUUAUUUAAUUACUUACCCCAAGUUUUGUUAAUAUACAAAUGUGUAUUACACAUACAUGUACAUGUAAUAAUAUUGCAAGUUUGUUAUCACCAUUUGUCUACUCAUCCAAGGGAAUCAGUGGGUUCUGGUGCUAAAUAAUUAGAGGCAUAUCCCUGUAAAGGAAUAGUAUCCCAUUGGGACAUAGGGCAGGUGGGGUGGUUUGGAACUUUGUAGCAAUCUAACAGUGUGGGCCUCCUUGUGUCAUGUGCACCGAUACCAUUACUUUAACUAUUUCUUCUUUCCUUUGCAACAUGCAAAGUUAUCUUAACCCUUUCAGUGCCAAUAGUGACCAAGAUCAAUUUUCUCCUAACAAUAUCCAUACACUGUCAACAGAUAAGUUCUGAGAAUUAAUAAAAUGAUCACCCAAGUAAAAAUGCCUUGAUCUUUUAUCAAAUUCUUUUGAACAACUUAUUCUUUAAGGAAAUGUAUGGAGAUCAGUUUGGAGAAUUUGUUUGUCGUUACUGGGGCUUAAAGGGUUAAGGAAGAGCUCAACUUCAAAAAUAUGGUAGAGUGUACACUGUACAUGUAGCUUAUAAAAAUAAUAGAAAAAGACUAAAAAUAAUAUUAAUGAUGAUGAACUAUAAACAAAAUUAAGAAUAAUUUAAGAAGGAAAAGAUCAGUUUUUUGAGUUUGCAUAAAACAUGACAUACCUCUUUGUAAGUAAAAGCUGUUUGGUGUGCUUGUUAUUAGCUCUAGACAAAGACUUGGUAAAAGGAAGUUGAAUGAUGGUAGCAAGGAACCACUAGCAAAACGGAGGAAGCAACAGUCAUCAGAUUCAGGUAAGAUAUUGUUUUUCUUCUGUGAUGGUGGCAAUAUUGAGUACUUACACUGACUGAUUUUGUUUGGUUUUUUUUUCCUAACUAAUGUGAAUUGAAGUUUGUUUUUGACCUGAAUGUACCAUUAUGUGUUAUUUUGCAAUCCAUCUUUCCUUCUUAAUUUGUAGAUGAAAUAUCCCAGUAUUGGUGUCUCAUUCUGCCCUUGUGUUUUUCCAAACAAACCUGUUAUCAAUGUAAAAAAAAUUAUGUAUGUAUUAAGUAAAAUUAUGCUGCCCUAGAACCGUAGCUGAAUCAUUGUUUACAUUUUUUUUUGUUACGAACAUAGGUUUCUCAUGUCCUAAAUGAGUUACAUACAGUACAAAUUCAGUAAUAUCUGAUUGUUGAAGUAUACCAGAUACUCUUUGUGGUACAUACAAUAUUGCACUGUAAAAACUAUGUAAAAAAGGCAUGCCCCUCACCAGAAAUUUUGCGUUUGGAUGACUGAUAAGAAGAGCUGUAACUUACUGUGAAGGCUACCAAGUUUAACCAGCUCUUUCAAAAUUGAAGUUAAUUUUAAUGUAGCAGAUUGCCUUUUCUAAGAAAUCUGUAAGGUGAUGAAAAAAAUGUAAAUAGUGACUUCAGCAAAGAUUCACCUAAAAUUUUGAUAAGUUUUGUAACUUUUUUUUAGUUUUCAUAUGCUUUAGCAAUCCUCUGGUUGUCUCCUCCUUUGUUGUGCCUUUGGUAAAAUGGAUGUUGUCUUUGUAUUCUGUUAAACAGAGUCAUCCAGCUCUGAUGAAUCAGAGGAAGAACAGAAAACAGUAAAAAACAAAGUAAAACCAAAAGUGAAUGGAGUACAACAGAAGAAAAAGGUUGAUUCAUCAGAUGACAGCUCAAGUUCAGAGGAUGAACAAAUGUUACAAAAAGGAAAGGCAAAAAAGUCUUCAUCAGAGUCCAGGUCUGUCAUAGAGGGACUUGAGAGGAAAACUGCAAAAUUAAAAACGGUGGAAAACGAAAAAGAACAAGAUUCAGGUGAUAGUUCGAUGUCUGAGGACGAGGAAGCAAAAAUAUCAGUGCCUAAUGGUGAGAAAUCAUCGUCUGAUUCCAGCUCUGAUGAGGAAAAACCCGCAAAGAGAGUGGUGGAAUCAAAAAAUGAGAAAAAUUCGAAGGAUGAAAGUUCAAGCUCUGACGAUGAGAAGAAAAAACCACCAAAAUCUAAGGCGAAGAAAGUAUCAUCUGCGUCACGUUCUGAUGAGGAGGAACCAGCAAAAAAUGUUAAAAAAUCAGAAACAGUUAAGAAUCAAAUAGCUGAAUCAUCUGAUGAAUGUUCAAGUUCAGAUGAUGAAGAUAAGAAGAUGAAGAAACCUAAAGCUCAAACUAAAAAGUCAUCAUCAGAAUCAAGCUCUGAGGAAGAAGAGCAAAGAAUAAAGGUCAAAAAACCAGAGGCAAAUAAAGCUGAAAAAGCUAAAUCAUCUGAUGAGAGUUCAAGCUCUGAUGAAGAAAAUGCUGAUGAGGAGGAGACAAAGAAACCUAAUGCUAAAACUAAAAAGUCAUCAUCAGAUUCAAGCUCUGAGGAAGAGGAACAAACAAAGCAGGUCAAAACACCAGAGACAAAUAAAACUAAAAAAGCUGAAUCAUCUGAUGACAGUUCAAGUUCUGAUGAUGAUGAAAAUAGUGAUAAGAAGAAGAAACCUAAAGCUCAAACUAAAAAAUCAUCUGGAUCAAGCUCUGAGAAAAAAGAACAAACAAAAAUGGUUAAAAGAUCAAAGACAAAUAAAACUAAAAAUGAUGAAUCAUCUGAUGAUAGCUCAAGUUCUGAAGACGAGGAGAAAAAAAUGCCAAUACCCCAACCUAAAAAAUCAUCAUCAGAGUCAAGUUCUGAAGAGGAGGAACCACCUAAAAAUGUUAAAAAAUCAGACACUUCAAAAAGUAAAAAACCUGAAUCAUCUGAAGAAAGCUCCAGUUCUGAAGAAGAUGAGAAAAAAAUGCCAAAACCUCAACCCAAGAAAUCUUCAUCGGAAUCAAGCUCUGAGGAAGAGGAGGAACCAUCGAAGAAAGUUAAAGAGUCAAAAGUAAAUAAAGCUCAAAAGGCUGAAUCAUCAACUGACAGUUCAGACUCUGAGGAAGAUGAUAACUCAUCAAAACCUAACGCUAAAAAGUUUUCUUCAAAAUCUUCAUCUGAUGAGGAAUCAAGUGAUGAUGAGAAUGAAAAUGAAUCAAAAUCCAAGAAGAAGAAAAGAAAAGGGAAAGUGAAUUCAUCUGAUGUUUCCAAAAUUACGACACUCCAAGGUACUGCUAAUUAGCUACAUUGGUGUAAUGUAGAAUAGAUGAAUUUUGAGGACGACUUUAGUAUUUAUAGGGUCAAGACUGUUUCUGUUUUCAAUAAGUAAUGUAACUAUUGCAAUAGAUUAAUUUUACUCUGGGAAAAUUGCCUAGUUGCUGCUGAUGUCUGGUUUUAAAACAAGGUUUGACUGAGCUGAAUGUCAGAUGUAAGCAGUUGGAUGUAUGUCUGAUGUUAUGGUUUAUUGACAAGGCUCAGGGAACUGGCCUAUGGACUUCAUGGUACAGUGUGUCCAGACUACCAGUAUUCAUUGCUUUGUUCAGGAGGUUUUGUCAUUUUUGACAUACUGUUGACUCCUGAUAAUUUAACUCAUAGUAGCUGAUAGACGUCUUACACUGUAAACUGACCACUGAAAACUCCUGUCUGUUUAUAAAUAGUUCUUUUCAUCAUGCAGCAUUAUGUUAAAAAUAACAUGUAUGUAAAAGAAUAAAUAAUUUAUUGUUUAUAAACAACUGAAAUUGAUUACAAGAAAAUAUUCUUAAAAAGAGCAAAUUUUAAGUUGCUUAGUUUUUUCAAAUACACUGUACAUUGUACAAUAACAUGUAAUAUUAUAACCACCUUGUUCUUAACCUUUCAGCAACAUCUACACCUGCCAUAAAUCAAAAGAAUGGAAAAGUUAAGCAGGUAAGCACCUUGGCAAAAGAUGCUUAACAGUAAAAUGUUUUGUUAGUCUGCCAAUAACAGUGCCAGAUCCAGACCUUGAGAUAAGGGGGGUGGGGAGGGGGGGUAGACUGCGAAAAAAAAUCUUUUGGCCCUUUUGGCCUCAGUUUGGGUAAAAUAGGGGGGGGGCUGGCUUGUCCCCCCGGGCCCCUUUCCUGGAUCUGGCACUGAUUAAUAGUCACCUGACUCUGAGAAAUAAACUCAGGCUAUUGUAAGGCUACUUUCACCCAGCACAAGACAAACUUUUGAUUGGCUGAAAAAUUAGACCACACACUUCAUUCACUGAGGACCGUUCAAUAUUUUCACUCUGUUUACGAGGAAGUUUAAACAUCUAGGCAUCUAAAGUUUCAUACAGUUAAGGUGGUUCUUUGUUUACAGAACACCUAAACACACAAAUUUUCAACCAGUAGAAAAUUUGUCUGGUGCCGUGUAAACUUAGGCUUAGCGUUAGCCAAUAGAGGUGGUAGGUGUAGUUUGUAGUGGUUUGGCUGACCAAUGGACAUGAACAGUCCAGAGGUCUUGAGUCAUUCAAUUGACAUUUGAACAGUCCAGAAAUUUUGUAAUAAAUCCCCUCCAGUUUGCUUAUUGGACCACUAGAAUGCUUCAGAGUCCUUUGUUCAUUCCAUCCAUUCCUUGCUGGAUGCCCUUUGAUUAAUUCAUGGUUAAUGGAAUACACAUUAUUUUGUUUUGUGAUUAAAGUUGUUUUAAGUUGUAAUAAAUCCCUCCAGUUUUGAGUUAUUGGACCACUAAAAUGCUUCAUUGAACUGAAAACCUUCAGCAAACAAAGAUUAAACAUUUGAAACCUGAUUUCAUUGCUUUCAGUGGAUGUUACAAAUUUGGAAUUUCCAGUAUUCAUUCCAUCCAUUCCUAUUUCAGAACACAGUCUGAUUUUCGGAUUUUCCUUCUCUGAAUCCAGCCAUAAACAAAUAAACGCGUGGUUACUAACUGUAUUUUCUUUAUUUUCGUUCCAUCGCUCCAUUUUCCAUUCAUGAAGAGAACUCUUUCUUGGGAAAUUGAUUAAAGGAAUUUUGUUUUUCAGCAAAAUUAUUUUUUCCUCAAGUUUUUUGUGAACAUUUUGAUUAACAAACGUUGUAUUUUUUUUUUUUUUUUUUUUUUUCAAAAUCAUGCUUGAAAGUUGGGGAUGUACACGAUUAACUUUUAAUUUUAGCUAGACCAGCCAGUACAAACUAAAAAUCAAACAUUUUCCUUCCCUCCUGUUGAAUGUAUGGUAUAUUACUUUCAUCCUCCUAGGAAAAGACUCCAUUUAAAAGAGUAAAAGAAGAUGAGAUUACAGUUGAUCCAAGGCUACAAGACAACAGUUUUGAAGCUAAGGUAAGAACUUUUCCUUUUGGUCUUUAAAUAUCCCCUCUGAGAGCUCAAAAAAAAAACUUGAAUUCAACACGCCCUUUGGGAAAGCAGCUCUCACACUCAGCCUGCCAAAGGCCGCUUCUUGCUCGACUUAGUUAACCCUUUAAGCCCUAAGAGUGGGCAUGACCAGUGUC